AUGACUAGGAGGGAGAGUUGGAGUUGGCUGCGGGCCCGCGACGGCCUGCGGACGGGGCUGCUGACACCAGGGGGCAGCACCGACCUGGGGCCGCGGGCAGAGACGCGAACCCGACGAAAGUGGCUGCGAAGGCCUGGCCAGGCGGCCUCGUUGCAGCUGCAUUCUGGUCGCGUCGUUGCUGCAACAACCCGGCGUAGGCGCCCCGCGUACCCGCUGCUCCGGUGCCCCAAGGCCUCCUUAACCCUUCAGGGCCUGGCACCAGGGGCCCUGGACGGCAACAGCACGCGGGCCUACCUUGAUUUAAACUCUGAGCCUGCCUGCCUCCGCUCUGAGGAGGACUCAAACUCCAAUCCUGCUUCCUCUCCCUCCUGCGCCCUCCCUGACCCCAAAGUCCGGAGCACCAGCCCGCAAGCAGCCCGAAAAAGUCUGAGCGCUCCGUGCUCUGUGGACUGGGCAGCGGCGGAGGGGAGUCCCGUGCGCACUUGGGGACUGGGGCGCCUCUCAAAGCUCCCCGCCGGGAGCGAACCUGGAGCCCGCGCAGUCCGCGGGUCGCGGCAACUCCCCAAAUGCCCACGAGAUGGCGCUCCAGGCCAGGGGCCGGGCGGCCGAACAGCGCACCUCGGGCUAGAGCCGGAGCUGGACAGAGGGACUCAACAGUGA